AUGUCUGGCUCUAAAGUGGUAAUGCGUCUCGCUGGAAUAACUGCCCUGUUGAUGGUCGCGGGCUGCUCUUCGCAGACGGUGCAGCCUGCACCGGUGCAGAUCGUUUCGUCAUCGCCUCCGUCGCCUUAUUUCAACGGCUUCAGACCGAACGGAGCGUACCCGCAACAGUACAUCGGUGGACCUCAGCAACAGUUCAACGGCGUUCUGCCGCCACAGUUCAUUGGCGGACCCAACUUCGCUCAGCGUUUCUACAACAACGGGCAAAACCCCGCGUACAACGGACAGUUCGUGCCGAUCUUACAGCAGUCGUUCGACCUUUCCCCGGAUGGCAGUUACACUUUCGGUUACCAGUCCGCCGACGGAACUCAGAGACAGGAAUCGGGAGGUCUGAGAUAUCCAGCCGUACAAGGAUACCCACCAGUGAUGGCCGUCCAAGGAUCGUACUCCGCCAUAACUCCAGAAGGAAUUCCGAUUGAAGUUUCGUACGUAGCUGAUGAAAAUGGAUAUCAGCCAACCGGACCUGGAAUCCACCCGGCCAUUCAACGAGCAGUAGCCCAACAAGUGGCCCAAGCCAAACUAGAACCACCCCAAUUCAACAAAUAA